AUGGAUGGUUCAGUUUCCAAAGAAGGAGGAGGAGCUAUGAAGCCUGUGAUUCUGAGAGUUGGUGUUGCUCUUGUAAUAUCAGGAACUGGUUUGAUCUUGGCCAGGUUUAUGUCUCGAAAAGAACAUAACGAGGUGACUUCAUCAGCAAGCAAUCAAGAGUCUACUUCAUCAUCUAUCAGAAGAAACGAUGGAGAAGAAGAAGAAGAAGAAGAAGAAGAGACAGAGAUUCUAGGCCAUGAUCAACAGCAAGAGAUUCUAGGGUUAAGAUCCAGACUCGAGGAGCUUCAGAGGAAGGAAUACGAGAUGGAGUUGCGUUUCGAACGUUAUUGUAACAUGAAAGAUCAAGAACUCAUGCUUAUGGAACAUAAAAGCAUGUUGAGUCUUGAGAAAACUCAAUUAGAUUUCCUCCGUAGAGAGCUUUUUUCAAUGGAGGAAGAACACAAGAGGGGACAAGAUUUGGUGAUUGUGUUUCUCAAACUGGUGGGAGAGAUUCACGAGCUGAGAUCAGAGAAUUGGUUUCUUGAGGAGCAAGCAAAAAGACUUAGGAGAGGAGUGAAGCAAUUAUACCGUGUUGUAAACGAGAAGAAUAGGAGAAGCAUUGCCGUGGAGAAAGAGUUAUUAAAGUGUAUUGAUGAAUUAGAGAUGAAGAAUAGUGUUGUGAAGGAACUUGAAGGGGAAGUGAAAGAUCUGAAAGCUAGGGUUGAUGUGUUGUCCAUGAAGUCAUCAGAGAUGGUGAGUGAAGAAGAUUAUAGAAGGGUGCUAACAGAGUAUGAGGAUUUGAAGAAGGAUUAUGCUAAUGGAGUGAAGGAAGUGAUUAGCCUGAGAUGGAGAAAUGCUUGUCUGAGACACAAGGUGAUGAGCAAUGAAACCAAUUAUGAGGAAGUACCACUUUCUCCAAGUAGAAACUUGCAAGAAUACUUGGAAAUGGAAGAACAAGCAGAUGCUCUUGCAUUGACAGUAGUAGCUGAUCAUGAGCAUCAUGAAGAGAGUAACCAUCAUGAUGAUGAUGGUGAUCAUAAUGAGCAUCAUCAUGAGACUUCAAGGAGGAAGAGGUUGAUGAAGAAGCUAAAGAGAUGGGUUGAAGGAAACGAGAAGGGAAGAUCAACAAAGUUGGAGGAAAGAUGUUUUGGAAGACACUCUUUGACGGUGGAGCCUGAGGAUGAACAAAUGAUUCAUUCAAGAAGAUCCUGUUCUAGCGUGUAA